AUGUUCAGCGAGAACCAAAUACUUGUCCGGAUUACAUUAUCUGACAAUGCCUUCAUUUCCAGCGAGAACCAAAUACUUAUCCUUCCUUGUGAGAUUGGUGCACUCAAAUCCCAAAACCCUAGCAAGUUCGCCCUGAAUGAAAGUUGGCAACUUCAAAACUUGACUUACCUCCUGCACAAGUCAUCUCUUUUGGCAACUUCUUCAAAAUCUCAAGACAAUAAACAGGUCUCCUCCUCUCUCCGUCGGCUGAUAUCUUCAUCUUUAUUUCCUGUCGUUGGAGAUUCGAUAAGAAGCGAGGUCGGUGAUUUUGAUUUAGCCCUGUCAAUCCCUCGUUAUGCUUUGAUUGGAGAACAUUUCCGUUUUAGAUUAAAGACGACCUAG